AUUUUCCGGUCGCUUUUUGCCUGCUGCCGGUCACCUGGCCCGUUGAGGGUGCUAGACAAUGCUCUGGGCCACCAGCUUCGUUCUUUCACCUCGGGCGGACACAGAAGUGAAAACUUGAGACGCAUCUCGGCUAUUUACUACUGCACUGCAUUGAGUGUGUUCAUGCUGGGUUUCAGUUACGCCGGCGUCCCACUCUACCGAAUCUAUUGUGCAAAAGUUGGAGGUGGGACAAAUACAGAGAACGCAAGGGUGAAGUCAGACCGUGUGGAGAAAAUGAAGCCUAUAAAGGAUAGGAAAAUUACCGUUGAAUUCUCUGCAGACACGUACUCGCGCAUGGCCUGGAACUUCAAGCCAGCACAGAAGUCGGUUACCAUAGUACCGGGCGAGACCGCGCUCGCCUUCUACACGGCGAGGAAUCCCACGGACCGACCAAUUACGGGUAUCGCAACCUACACGAUUGUACCUCUUGAUGCAGCCAAGUACUUCAAUAAAAUCCAGUGUUUCUGCUUUGAAGAGCAACGUCUCAAUCCUGGAGAGGAGGUCGACCUGCCGGUCUUCUUCUUUCUGGACCCGGAGUUUGACGAUGAUCCCCGGCUCAUGCGUGUAUCGAACCUCGUCCUGCACUACACCUUCUUCGAGGCGAAGAAGGAGAAAUUGAUGAUACCGGGGAUUUCCACGCCCAUUCUUGAGGAACCCAACAUCCCUCAGUCGCUGUCUGCUAGCACGUGA